UAUUCGUUAUUAAUAUUAUUAAACAUAAUCAUAAACUGUCAGCAAUAACUUUUCUAAAUUGCAGUUAAAUAAAUAAGGCUUGGUUGACGUACCUGUGUUCAUCACAAGAGGGUGCUGUUGGAACAGCAUCGCUUCUCUGAUUCAACGCUUUUUUUAUCAUUAUAAGAUAAAUUCCAAAUUGUCUUUGUUUUGUUCUCUUUAUUUAUUUAUUUUUUUCAUUUUUCAUGUUGCUUUUGUUUUGUUGUUGCUUUUCAGGGAUUCGUUAAAUAUUUUUCGGUGACGGGUUUGUACCGCCACACAAUAAAAGCAUUGCAUCGAUACAGGUGCGGAUCGUUUACGUAUUUUUUUUUUUAAUAUUUACUCUCUAAUUUAAACUCUGUUCUAAAAUUUGUAAUAAUUUGCCUCAAUAAAACAGCGCUGUGUGUGUUGUACGGUGGAAUUAAUACAAAACGGAAGUCCUCUGGAGACGGGUUGAUCUGAAGCUUUCAUUUUCUAGUGCAACCCUUCCAUUUCCGGUUAGAACGUAGUCCCUUUAGCUUGACGCGCAGUGAUUCUGCGGGGUAAAACGUAGUGCGGCUCUGCGAGGAUGAUCACACUGUUGCGCUUUCUAGAAGAAAUGGCAACCGCGGUCACGUAUUUCAUUUCAUCGUCAAAAAUAUUUUUUUGAAUUAACAUUUUUUUAAAAAUAAUAUACUUUUCUCUCAAUUUUCACUCCUGGGGACUUGGUGUCGAGUGAAGAAAGUGUUGAGCCGAGGAGCGGUGAAGUCAGGUGCCGGAGGGUGAUCAGCGCUGACCUCACACCAUGGCCUACACUCUGGGCUCCGCCACCGACGCUCAGAAGUCGCGCAGCGUCGGACCGCAGCACUGCGUCACGCGGGUGGAGCUAUCCGUCACCGCCAACAGCCUCCUGGAUCGAGACGUGGCCUCAAAGUCGGAUCCCUUCUGUGUCCUCUUCCACGAGGUGGAUGGCAACUGGGUGGAGUUGGGUCGCACUGAAACGGCCGUCAACAACUUGAACCCAGUGUUUGGAAAGAAGUUCCAGGUGGACUACCACUUUGAGGAGAUCCAGAAGCUCCGGUUCGCCAUGUUCGAUGAGGACAAGUGCGCAACGCAGCUGUACGAGCACGACUUCCUGGGGGAGUUCAUCUGUACGCUCGGAGUGAUUGUGUCCAACAAAAAGCUUCACAGACCAUUGAUCCUGGCCAAUGGGAAGCCAGCUGGUAAAGGCUCCAUCAUGAUAACGGCCCAGGAGCUGUCUGACAACAGAAUCAUCACACUGACCCUGAGUGGGCGUAAACUAGACAAGAAGGACUUUUUCGGGAAGUCUGAUCCCUACCUGGAGUUCCAUAAACAGGAAACAGAAGACGGUAAAUGGAUGUUGGUGCACAGGACAGAGGUCAUAAAGAACACCCUGGACCCGUCAUGGAAACCUUUCACUGUUCCUCUGAUUUCUCUCUGCAACGGAGACGUGGACAAAAACAUCAAGGUUCUGUGUUACGACUAUGACAACGACGGCGGUCACGACUUCAUCGGCGAGUUCCAAACCACGGUUUCCAAGAUGAGUGAAGCCCAGAACUCAGUGGAGGUGGAGUUCGACUGCAUCAACCCCAAAAAACAGAAGAAGAAAAAGAAUUAUAAAAACUCGGGAGUCAUCAUCGUCAAGUCGUGUAAGAUUACCAGAGAUUACACCUUUCUGGAUUACAUUCUGGGAGGAUGCCAACUCAUGUUUACUGUGGGAAUCGACUUCACGGCGUCCAAUGGAAACCCUCGAGAGCCGUCCUCCCUCCAUUACAUCAACCCACUGGGCAGUAACGAGUAUCUGGCUGCCAUCUUGGCUGUGGGCCAGAUCAUACAGGACUACGACACCGACAAAAUGUUUCCUGCUCUGGGAUUUGGAGCUCAACUCCCACCAGACUGGAAGGUAUCGCAUGAAUUUGCCAUCAACUUUAACCCCACCAACCCGUUUUGUUCAGGUGUAGAUGGCAUCGCCCAGGCCUACUCCGCCUGUCUCCCCCACAUCCGCUUCUACGGACCCACAAACUUUGCUCCCAUCAUCAACCAUGUAGCCCGCUUUGCGGCCCAGGCCCUCCAGCAGGAGAAGGCAGCGCAGUACUUCAACCUCCUCAUCAUCACCGACGGCGUCAUCAGCGACAUGGACGAGACGCGUGACGCCAUCGUGCAGGCGUCCAAACUGCCCAUGUCCAUCAUCAUCAUCGGGGUGGGAAACGCAGACUUUGCCGCCAUGGAGUUUCUGGACGGAGACGCCAGCGUGCUGAGGUCCAACGCUGGAGAGGAGGCGGUCCGAGACAUCGUGCAGUUCGUCCCUUUCAGGGACUUCAGAAAUGCUCCAAAGGAGACCUUGGCCAAGUCCGUUCUGGCCGAGCUCCCUCAGCAGGUCACGCAGUAUUUCAAACAGAGGAACGUCCCGCCCAUCAACCAGGCACCGGAGUGAAGACACAGGGGGGACGAGGGGGCCGACACGGCCUCCGCACUGUACCAUAGCUCAACAACAACAUCUCAUCUUCUCAACGACAAACUCUGUACGACCACGUGAGUGAAAACCACAUCAUGAAGCACCAGAGCGUGAGUCCGUCAGAAGUGACGUGUUUUCUCUAAACUCUUGCAGCGACACAGCUUCACGGUGAUGUUCUCGAGACUCUGCAUGUCUGAAGGGACUGCAGGUGUCUUCAAAUCAUUAAAUAUGCAGGACAUUGAGAAGGGGGGAAGAAACUCCUGAUUCAUCUGGAUGUUGUUCAUUUCUUUGCUUUUUGCAUGUGUGUGCGUGUGUGUGUGUGUCCACGCCAUACAAACAACAACUUGGUGUAAAAGCCUUGUCUGAUCUGGGUUGAAUCCUCUCCUGCCGUCGUAUGGAUCUGUGUCAGGGCAGCAGAACAGAUGACGGCAGGAAAUAAAAAAAAAAAAAAA